AUGAUCGUGUUCUCAACACUCACCACCAUCGCCCACUGUCCAUCCAGCCCCAGUAGCCCGUCGAACAGGGCCCUCGCUCUCGAAGAUGCCGUGUCGAGAUGCUCGCCACCCGCCGUGUGCCCCUCCCCUAGCAUAGGGAUCAAGACUUCCACCCUUGGGGUCUCGCCGCCUCCCACCCGUUCGCACCGUGCAUGGUCCCCAGCACCCCAGCAUCCAACACCAACACCUUCCUUGCCCCCCCCAGUCCUCAAGCACAUGAAACGACGUCACCCACACGAUGAGCGUACGCUCGACGGCAAGGCAAAUUGGAGGCAAGACAAGGACAGCAAGGGCAAGGCAAGGACAGCAAGGACAGCAAUGAGAUUCAGGACAGCAAGGACAGAGUCGUCUCCCCGCGGUUACUUGCUCCUUUUCAUCCUCUCUCCAGCUCUCAACAUCGACCCCACUCCUCAACCUCCCCAUCCUCUGCUCGUACUCGGUCGUGCACGCGUCUCACCCCACAUCCCUCGCCUUGUUCCGCCCUCCAUUUCCCAAGCAAGACUCUCCUCCCCAUUCCAGGCCCAUGGCUUCGCACAUGCACAUGCUGAGGGACAAUUAGUGUUUGAUCUCGAGCAAGACAACAAGGGCAAACACGAACACAAUGGAACACGACACCGACACUCCGAGCUUGAGCUGGACGAACCCAACAGCGGGAGACCACGAUCGCAGCAGCGAGAUCGAGAUGGCAGCAUGGCCAGCAAAUGCGAACACCACGAGCAUCAGCGUGAGCGUGACAAUGCCAGAUACGACAAGAAGGACAACGUAGCACAGCAGGCUCAAGCACGAGAGAAGAUGAGGAGGGUGGAUACGGCUAGCACAGGCGCCAACGACACCGUGGACACAGGCAAACGUGGGUCCAACACAUGCACACAAGCACGACGACCUGCAGCGUCACAAGCAACAGCUCAGCGACGACCCGAUGAGCUGGGCCAUAAGGAAGACAAGGAUGGAUGGAGCGAAUACGAGCACAAAGAGGAUGACCAUGACGGGGGUGUGCUUGGGCACAUCAAUGACUGGGAGAGCACGAUGACAACACCACCUGACAAAGACGGGACUAGUCCCUCCACUCUGACUGCGUCCCACACCGCCCGACCUUGCCACCCCACCCUUGUACAUGAACAUGCCCAGAAGCCUUGGCAACUGCAACUCCCUCAGCACCAUGAGCACGACAUACAAAUGACAAUAGGGAAUGGGGGCACAAGGGCGAGGGAGCAGGAGCCCCCGCUCUCGCCCUCUCACCCUUGCCCUCUCGCCUUUGCCCACCUCUCCCUCUCACCCCCACUGUCUCACAACGAUGAUGAUGACGGGCAGCACAACAACAACAGGCAGCACAACAACAACAGGGAGGGCAGGACAGCGGUGGCAGCAGGGGCACUCUGCCUCGCCCUGCCUUUGCCACGCCUUCUCCCCUUCGGCCACCGCCCACCUCACCCUUUUGCCCACCUUGCCUUUUGCCCUUUUGCCCCUCUUGCCCCUCUUGCCCGUUUUGCCCGUUUUGCCCACCUUGCCCUUUUGCCCACCUUGCCCUUUUGCCCACCUUGCCCUUUUGCCCAUUUUGCUGACCUCACCCUUUUGCCCAUUUUGCCAUCUCGCCCCUUUCGCCCACCUCACCUCCUCGCCCUUUCACCCUCUCACCCAUCUCCCCGCCUCGCCCGCCUCACCCUCUUCCCCACCGUCUCAUCUGCCUCGCCCUCGCCCUCUGCCCCACCAUGUCGCCAUGUCACCCUUCUCGCCCUUCUCGCCCUCCACUACUUGCCCCUUCGCCCCCUCGAGGGGACCCUCUGA